AUGGAGAGAAGGCGACUAUUAUAUACACUAAAAAAACAAACAUUCUUCCACACCUCUCGAUUAUCGUUUAACCAGGGCAUAGUAUCUAGUCUUUUAUAUACAGGAUCGAGCAAGCGUGGCUUGGCUGACCUUCGCUCCCCCUUGGAACCACGCGUCUUCCCUACUUCAGGGUGGGAUAAUAUUGACCCUUCCUUACCUGUUGAAGAAGAGUCAAUUCCAAGUUAUAGACCUGAAAAAUUCUAUCCAGCCCACCUUGGUGAGGUAUUCAAUCGCCGAUAUCAAGUAGUCGGCAAAUUGGGAUAUGGAUCUAGCGCGACUGUAUGGUUGUCUCGUGACUUACUGGACCACCAUUACGUAGCUUUAAAAGUUUACACAGCGUCAACGAUGGUGACCCGAGAGAUUGAAAUAUACAAUCAUUUAAGUACCAUCCAGUCCACCCACGCGGGUCAGUCAUGCCUGCGACCAUUGAUUGAAAUCUUUCAGGCCCAGAACCCAGGUAGAGAGGGUGUUCAUACUUGUCUGGUGCAUCCACCUCUUGGAAUUAGCCUCGACCAGCUCACCCGGCUGCUGCCAGAUAGGGUCAUGAGCAGCGCCAUGGUGAGAACUACCAUCCGGAAUAUACUUGCUGCUUUAGAUUUCCUCCACACGGACGCACGGAUAAUACAUACCGAUCUCCAACCAAAUAAUAUUCUCCUCGGCAUCAAGGAUAACUCAAUUCUAUCCGAAUUCGAGAAAGCAGAAUUUGAAGCUCCUGUGCCACGGAAGAUACUUGAAGAUCGUACCAUUUAUCUCUCACGGCCUCUCCCCAUCUCCUGUGGGACACCCGUUCUCUGUGAUUUAGGCGAGGCUCGACUAGGUACCGACCAACAAAAAGGCGAUAUCAUGCCGGAUAUCUAUCGGGCACCGGAGGUCAUCUUAGACAUGAGUCGGGACUACAAAGUUGACAUCUGGAACGUUGGGAUGGUGAUUUGGGAUCUGUUUGAGCACCGUCACCUUUUUAAAGCCCGAGAUCCCGAGGGUAAGCUGAAUGAUGAAUAUCAUCUCGCCGAGUUGCAAGCGGUCUUAGGAGGUGCUCCUCCUCAGUUGCUCGCUCAGAGCGAACGGAGUCCCCACUUUUGGGAUAAAAAUGGUGAAUGGAAAGGCGCAGUUCCCGUUCCAGACUACACCCUCGAAACUCUGGAAGAAAGGCUCCAGGGUGAUGAAAAGGCCGACUUCCUACGCUUUCUCCGACGAAUGUUAUGUUGGCUACCCGAGGAAAGAGCCACCGCGAAAGAGCUUUUAUUUGAUCCUUGGCUGAUGCAUGGCCUUUUUAAGUGA